CCUAUCGUUUCGCUGUUUUUGUUUUGUUGCUGCCCCUGCUUACUUUAAGUUUGAAUUGCAUAAAAUAAGUUUAAACUAACUCAAUAAUUAAGUAAAAUAUAUCAAAAUUCGGCAUAAAUGCGCUAAUUUCCGACUGAUUCAUCAAAGCUGCACAUUAUUCAUUGCCAAGGAUACUCCGCCAAGGAUAUUAGUGAAACAGUCGCCUUAUCAUGUCGGUGGCAAGUUUACGCCAGAGCUUGUUGCUCUGGAGUGUCGACUAUUGGAAUUUGGAAGUCAUGACGGAUAAUGUGUUCAAGUCGCAAGAUAUUGGGUUACGCGCUCAAAAGAAAAUACUCUCACGAAUGGCCACAAAAAACAUAGCAAAGACGUUUAUUGACGGCACGACAGCGUCAUUACUGGAUAAUCUUUACAGGCUUUGCAAGAUGCAUACGGGGAAUAAGGCCCGAUCAGAGAAAUUGAUUAAGAAUAUCAUUAAAAUUGUCAUAAAAAUUGGUGUCCUACAUCGAAAUAAUCAGUUUAGUGACGAAGAGAUUCAGAAGGCUGAAUAUUUCAAACGCAAAUUUCAGAAAACUCAGCUAUCGAUUAUAUCAUUUUACGAAGUGGACUUCACUUUUGAUUUGAACUAUUUGCAAGAAAGUAUAGCAGAAUCGCACAAGGCCCUAAAGUCGAUUGUACAGCCCCAUUUAACAGAGAAAUCAUUGGGCCGCAUCGAUGAAGUAUUUGAUUUCUUUGGCGAUGCAACUCUUCUGGAAACCGCGUUUAAGCGCGACUCUCCCUAUCGCGAGGUAAUGGGGAAAAUUGUGGCAGACAUUAAUUCAGCAAUGGAGACUGGCGAUAUUUGAACCAAUGUCGAAAGCAUACAAAGGCUAUAGAUAAUGAAACCAAAUAUAUAUGGGGCUAUUUCAAAUAUAGCGAUAGAGAAAAAAAGUGCGAGCUGCACCCACCAACACCAAAAUACAAAGUACUAAUCAUAGGACACGCCUAAAACACAUUUUUUAAAUCUAAAUUUUUCAAUUUUUAAAAUGGUGAUACCGUUGACAACAAUAUCAACUUAAAACUACAUGAGAAA